GUUCGAGAGAAGACAUCAGAGAGGAGAGAGAGAAGGAUAGAAUGAUGAGGAAUACACUCGUUCUUCUUCUGUCUGUCUUCCUGCUGCAGCUCGGGCACACGGAGGGUCUGCAGGUUCAGAGCGAACAAAAACUAGUGAUUCCUAAACUUCCACCCUUACACCCUGAGGGAGGUGCAGAGGAGGAUUUGGCCGACGAUCAAACACACCCAUUGCAGCCAAAACCCAAACCCACUCCCGGAUUAACCACUCCCCCUCCACGCCCUAAAGCCCCGCCCCUCAACCUGCUGUCUCAGGAGUGCGUGUCUGAGAAACACACUCGAUCGUCCUGUGGUAAAGUGUUCUGCCCGCCGUGGCAGCGCUGUAUCAAGGGUCAGUGUGUGUGUAAAAUUCCCUAUCAGUGUCCACGGAUCAGACCUUCCGUGUGUGGACUGGACAAGCGGAGCUACCCGUCUCUGUGCCAUGCCCAGGUCACCGCCUGCCGAGACAGAAGACCCGUCUUCUCUCACUACUCACACUUAGGAUCGUGUGUGGAAUCUUUUGAAGUGUUGUUAGAGGAGCUCAAGGGUCAGCAGGUGGUUCAGGUGAAAACAGUUGAAGGGAGAGCGUUGAUCUGUGGUUCAGACUCGUGGAACACGCCGGCCGCUAACGUCGUCUGCAGACAUGUCAAAAGCGAUGCCAGAGGAGCACUGUCGCUGGGGACAAUCGAGUUCGGUGAGUUUAAGGACAUAGAAGGAGGGCAUGUCCUGACCAGUGUACGUAAAUGUAUCAGUGUGAGCUGUACGGGGGCGGAGCACAGCCUGGCCGAGUGUGUACUUUACAAACCUCGCCAAAUCAUUGACAGCACAUCUGUCGCUACGGUAAAGUGCUACACAGGACAGCAAGACAGUAAGGAGUGUGACGAGUUCCGCUGUGUUAAUGAGAAGUGUGUGUCGUGGAAACACAUCUGUGACGGAGUGGACGACUGCGGAGACAACAGCGAUGAAAUGUGUUGCACAGAUUGCCAGAAGGGUGCGUUCUACUGUAAAACUGGAGUGUGUCUUCCGAGGUCCGCCGUUGGAGAUCAGAUACGGGAUUGUUUAGGAGGCGAAGAUGAACUCGAGACGUCCACACACGUCAGUGAGACUCGCCCUAGAUCAGACGGGUUAGUGAAAGAAGUAUCACAGCCAGAGGUGACACCUGAAAAAGAGUUGUGGUCAAAUCCUAAAGAAGAUAUCCUGAAAUUACGCAAUCACACAGAGACCCUGCAGUGUGGAAUUCCCAACAUGGCCUACAUUCAUAAGACAGAGGAAGAAACACGAUACAGACGCCAAAAACGCGUGGUGGGGGGAGAGGAAGCUCUACCGACUCAGAUACAGUGGCAGGUGGCUGUGCAGGAUGAAGGAAAAAUCCAUUGCGGUGGCGCUUACCUGGGCGGGUGCUGGGUUCUAACCGCCGCCCACUGCGUCAGGCAGAAGCCCCAGGUUUUCCGGAUUAAAUUCUCUCUGUGGAAGAAGCUGUCUCUGCUGAGCACCACGGACAGCGUCCCUGUGAAGAACAUCAUCAUUCACCGUGACUACAACCCGCGCACCUAUCAGAACGACAUCGCGCUCAUCCAGCUGGAGGAACUGGCCAAUCAGAAGGAGUGUCUCUACCCGAACCCGGCCGUGCGGUCCGUGUGUGUCCCCUGGUCCCCACUGCAGUUUCCUCCCAACCACACCUGCACCAUUUCUGGAUGGACGCAACAAAGAAGGAGACAGUGUGAACAUACUGAAGUGGCCAAUGUGAGUCUCAUCCCUAACUGCAGGUCCUACUACAAGGAACGCUUCUACGACGGAAUGAUGUGUGCAGGUGAUCUGGAGGGGAAUGUGGACUCGUGCCAGGGUGACUCCGGAGGCCCGUUAGUGUGUAAAGAUGCGAGCGGUGUGUCGUACGUGUGGGGAAUUGUGAGCUGGGGAGAGAACUGUGGAGAAGCCGGCUUUCCCGGAGUGUACACUAAAGUGGCGUACUACUUCGAGUGGAUUCGUCAGCACACCGGCUGGCCUGCAGUCACCAAGUACAACCAGUGAUGUGGAACCUGACGGAACGUUCUCAAUAAUAAUGCUAAUAACGUAGCUGAAGUUGCGAUAGAUUGAGAAUUUUAAAGUUAUUGCCUUGUUUUCUUUAUUGGUUUUGCUAUAUUCAUAACGAAGUUGGAUUGGUAACAAGUUUAAACAGAUGGCCAUACUGCAUGAGUGUUAAUUCUUUGAAUAUUUGGUUCUCAUUAAAAAGCUUACAAAGCGA